GACAGGGAGCUCACUCUUCUAUGUUGAUAUAAUCGAUUGCAUACAGAUUAUGCAUUUUUAAGAAUCGCUUUUUGUUUUAAUUUAUUCAAGCAUCUGGUUUGGUAUGCUUAAACUGAGGAUUUCUCUAUUGAUAAGAACUACUGGAAAUUUAUAGGGUAAGAAAAGUCUUAUUUGGGAUCUGAUUCAGUGGUGUAUUUGAUUUGAUUUGAUUUUGUAAUUUUCCCUUUAAUUACUUCUGUUUUUCUAUGGGCAUCACAAUUGAUAGUUUGGUUACUGGAGCCAUCGAAAUCCCUCUUCUUUAAGCGCUCGUUUAGUGUCUAAGAUUGGAUUGGAUAGCUGAUGAUAUUAAAAAUUUUGUUCAAACUGAAAGUAAAAAAUAGGGGUAUUGCUCGUGAAGUAAACUUAUCCCUUCAAAUCCCCACAAAAUGGUAGAUUACGAAGAAUAUGUUUUCUUCGUGUCUAAUCUCUUAUAACAUACUACAAAUGAAAAAUCAUUCAUUUUUAUCUUCACAGGUACCUUGAAUUACACGUUAUCAUUCGUUGAUGGAGCACGCGUAUCUCGUAUUCGAUACUUCAGUGGAUACCAUACUCGCCGGAUACAAAUGGUUGAUAUGGAGAAAACAGAACUGAAGAAGUCAGAUUCAGCCGGGUUGGACAAUAGUAUCACUCCAGAUAGUUCAAUGUGGCUGGUAGAAUAUCUGGAAGAGAUGGACCAGAGCAUUAAGCAAAUGCUGAAGCUGAUCAAAGAAGAUGGUGAUUCUUUGCCCAACAAAGACGAAACGUUUUUGCAGAAGAAGCCGGAAUUAGUUCAGGAAUUUCACCGGAUGUAUCGUUCACUGGCCGGAUGCUAUGAACACUUGAACAAAGCACAUAAGGGGUUUGGAGAUUCUGAAUAUGGUUUCAACCAAGGCUCUCCUCUGCUGACUCCCGAUGCUAAACAUGGUUUGCGGAAAUCCGACGAUCAAGUUGUUGGUUUUGAUAUAUCACUAAGCUCAGAUGGUUCUAGUCCAGCUCUUUCUAUAAAGAAUGGCGCUGAAUCAUCUUCCUCUUCAUCAUUGGGAUCCGAGUCAGAUUCUCCUAAUUCCCCGGUCAGCAAUUACUCGGUUCCACCUCCGAGCGCUGAUUUCGACAGUCAGGGAUGGCAGCAGAAGAUUGCUGAGCUUGAAAGAGAAGCUCCAGGUAAAGGAGUCUGAUCUUACAAUGGAGAAAAUGUGUGUCUUCGAGCUGCAAGAACAGACAGUUGAGUUGGAAAAUCGUGCAUUAGACAGUGAUAAUGAGAUUCGGAAAUUGAUGGAGGACUUGGAAGUGACUAAAGAAAGGCUUAAGGGGUCGAACAAAGAGAUUGCGAAUUUGAAGCAUGAACUUGCCGAUAGAAUUUCCAAAGGCGCUGAUCAAAUGCAAGGUUUUGAAUCUCAACUUGACUCUGAGAGAAAGCAUGUUUCGGAGCUGCAGGAGAGGAUUGUGAGGUGACAUAUUCGGCCGCGAUCUUGAGGUGAUGCAACUGAAGGGCGCAUUGCGUGAUGCACAGGAACAAUUCUCGCUUGAGAAAGCAGACCUGCAGGCAUUCAAGUUUUGCAGCGAAACAAAUUGUCUUGGACACGAGACUUGAAGAAUUGAGUUUGAGAAACAAGAGGUUAGAGUACGAAAUAAGGCAAACAAGAGGUUAGAGUACGAAAUAAGGCAAUGUGAAACGGAUAAGAUGGAAAUGGAAAGGCUGCAUGCUGUCUACGAGAUGGCAUUGCAAGAUGAAAUAAGCCGCCUGAAAGUUGAAGUUGCUGAUAGAAAUGGACACGUGGUCCUCUGCCUCCAAUUCCAACAUUUGC